AACUCACUUCCCGCGUUGAGGUGACGUGGGCGGCAGGGAGGCCGGGCUCGCAGCGACAGCGGCGCAAGAUGGCGGCCACCACGGGCUCGGGAGUAAAAGUUCCUCGUAAUUUUCGACUGUUGGAAGAACUUGAAGAAGGCCAGAAAGGAGUAGGCGAUGGCACAGUUAGCUGGGGUCUUGAAGAUGAUGAAGAUAUGACCCUCACAAGAUGGACAGGCAUGAUCAUUGGGCCUCCAAGAACAAUUUAUGAAAACAGAAUAUACAGCCUUAAAAUAGAAUGUGGGCCUAAAUAUCCCGAAGCACCUCCAUUUGUAAGAUUUGUAACGAAAAUUAAUAUGAAUGGAGUAAAUAGUUCUAAUGGAGUGGUGGAUCCCAGAGCCAUAUCAGUCCUAGCAAAAUGGCUGAAUUCUUAUAGUAUCAAAGUAGUUCUGCAGGAGCUGCGACGUCUAAUGAUGUCUAAAGAAAAUAUGAAACUCCCUCAACCACCCGAAGGACAAUGUUACAGUAAUUAAUAAAAACAAACGGGAAAAAAAAUCAUGCCCCUUCAUUCAAUUUAAGCUCUUCUCAUUUUCCACAGUAGUAAAUUUUCUAGAUGCAUCUUGUAGACCUCCAAGUACUGGAAAGAAAGUUCCCAUUCAAAGGAAAGCCUCUCUUGACAUACUGUAAAUGAUACUAAUUAUUUUUUUCCCCGUUUUGAAAAUAAGUUGUGCUAUAACAAAUAAUCCUGUCAUGUGUUAACCACUGUCCACAUAGUUGAACCUCUGGUAUCAAGGAAAAAAGUCUAUAUUUAAAUCGAUUACUGUCAAAAGACUGGUGUGGCACAUUGAACUCAACUGUGAAAAAAGAAGAAGCAUACGUCACACAAUCACAUUGCUGUGCGCUUUGCCUGGGUCUGUCUCUCUUCUCUCUGCCCUCUUACCCUCUGUCUUUCUCUGUCUCUCUUGUUUGCAAUAGAGUGGGGUGCUCAGGGCUAUUUAUUAGAGUAGAUGCGAAGGGCACAAUCGGCAAGGAAGCUCCGCUGCUCUGGCUCCCUCUGGAGACGAGAAUGGGGACUGCAGCAUUCGGGCAGCCUCCCAUUCAUUAAUUGUAACAGAGCUCCGGCAGGGGAACUUCUUGAGAAGAUUGUGCCCAGGGGCUUCAGUUCCCGGUUCUGCACUGGGCUGUGUACAGACUACUAACAGGAUGCAGUGGCAUCCUCAGUCAUCCCUUCCUUUGUGCAGGCUCUAGUAGAGGCUGAAUGUCUCUAGUGGGUGGGUGGUUUUCCCCCUUUUUUUACAGUCUGCCCCAUUAAUUUUGGGGGGAGGCAAGACCUUCUUUCUGACUAUAACCUUCAGGCGAAGGGGGAGGCAAGACCUUCUUUCUAACUAUAACCUUCAGGCGAAGGCAUAGAUUGUAUUUCUGCACCACACCCUUUCCCAACAGCAUCGGCCUUGUGGGGUGAGAGUUCUUGGCUGGGGUGGGGGUUGCUUCCCAUGUUUCCUCUUUCCUGUCAUAGCUGGGGUGCUGCUUUCUUUUUGCCCCUCCUGUGAUGCUUUUCUUUACACCCCUGGCCAAAAAAAGAGGUCUAAGUGACUGGCAAGACAGCCUGUUUGUUUCUUUCUUUUCUAAAGCUGUGGAUUUCGUCUUCACCAGCCUGGGAAAACAAGAGUGUCCAGGUGUUGCUGUUGUUUAUUCCUGGUUUGCAAGCAUCCUUCCCUUCUUGCCCUUUGGCUCUGCUUCCAUGCCACCAAGCUGGCCAUGGCUGAUGUUACUAGAUAGGCUUUUGAUAAUGGCGAAAAGAGCUGUCAUUUACCAGGAUCACUCAAGCUUGCUAAGCGUGGCCAAAUAUUACAGGGAUUUUAAAAAACAGAAAUCAGCAGUAAACGCUCCAGUUCUUUUUCUCUCCACACACACACACCCCAGCCAAAGGUCAGUUAUCGCCAUUGAAAGCCGUGUCAGCGGCUCGUCUGUGUGCAUGUAAAACUUUUGGCCCCUUAACAGACAAAUCGACUCGGUGGAGAGAGGAUUUUGUCGCAACCCUCUGGAGAGAUGAGAACGCCUUCUUAAAGAGGAGGACGGCAACGCCACCCAUAGCGGGGUUAGGGACCGCAGUUGACAACGCUUCCUGGCAAAUCCCUUCCCUUUCGGACUUCUUGUUUUGGACCACUGACCGCUGAAACGUGGACGCAAGCUUAAAAUGCAAACAAUCUAGUGUGUCCUCUUUUUAAGUUUGACGGGGGGGAAUUCAGUGUUUGUGUAAAAAAAAAAA